AUGCCAGCUAUCGAAAGUAAAUCUUCGUCGGAGUUGAUAUUCCAGAAUUUUACGAGAGGUCUCAGCGGUCACUUUUUGAGCGAACGAACGUCCGGCGUUUGCUCAUCUCCACAACUCAUUUGCGACAAUCCGACACCAUUUUUCUUAGUCACCGAGGCGCAUUCAGUCAAAUUCGCCAACUUGUUGAACGACAUCUUGCUGAAGACUAGAAGCAACAAGCCUAAGAUCCGCUACCGUAUCCUGCUAUUCGUGAAGCGACUCUUUGAUCGUGUCGGGGAUUCAAUCCCAUCACACUUGCGGAUGGUGAUGCCAUUUUUGUCCGAGCUAUUGGAGGAUGGGAACAAAAACGUCGAAGAGCAGUGCGAUCAAGUGGUGCCCUUGCUACAACGGAUAUUCGGCGCCGAGCUCUCGCCAGGAUUCGUU